AUGCCUCCCCGGCAUUUUUCUCGGUACAUAUUUUUGGGUGCAGUCUUGCUCAUCGGCAUCAUAAUCAUACCUUCCACAUCAAGAGCACCUCAGAGUGUCGCAGGCGACUUAUUCACGUACCCAGAAGGCCUUCGAGGGGCAAUCCCCAAAUUUAAUGUCCCAAGCUUCCGUUUCUCGUUCCAGCAUUCAGCCCACAGACCUCCCGAGCAAAAGAACAGUACGCACGACGAUAGCUCAUGGUACAGCGAUUGGAAAUGGUUGAAUCCAUUUUCCUCUUCUGUCACUCUCGACGAAGAACGUAUAGUCCUCCCUCCGUUGGCCGAGCGAUCUCCUGUCUAUACGUUCUACGAUUCGACGAUCAAAAGAGAUGAGGCGACCAGGAAAGCCGAUAAAGAGUUGCUAUUAACAUGGCGUCGGGCUUGGUGGGCUCAUGGAUUUCGCCCUGUCAUUCUGACGGAGGCUGAAGCUAUGAGUCAUCCAUUGUACCAAACACUACACUCGAAAGGCAUGCCCGCAGCUUUGGAACAAGAGUUUCGCCAAUGGUUGGCGUGGGGUCAUAUGGGGACGGGAAUGCUCUCCAGCUGGUACUGUCUUCCCAUGGGCGCAUAUGACGACCCUCUUCUGUCUCAUCUACGUCGGGGACAGUAUACUCAUCUCACCAAGUUCGAAGGCUUGGGGUCCGGCCUCUUUGCCGGAGAGCAAUCCCAAGUCAACGAUGCAAUAAAAGCGGCGCUGGAUAGUGUCAAGUUAAGUUCAUUCAAAUCAAUUGUCGACGCGAUAGAUUCAGAACGCUUCAAGACCGAGAAGCCGACAUCAAUUGCCCAUUAUGAUUCGCAGACCAUUACCCACAAGUAUCCUGUUCUGGCCGAGCAACUCGUCCAAGAUCCCAACAAAGGCCGACUCUUUCUCAAUCAACUCAUAACUGCUCAUCUUCACACCAUAUGGCAAAACACUUUCAGCACCGGAAUUACAGUUUUACAACCCCUUGCUGCUCAUACGUUCGGCCUGGUCAAGCCUUCGAUGGAUUUGGCCCGACUCCUAGCCGAAUGUCCAAGUUCUAUUUUGCAGUCUUCUUGUCCACCCAAUCGACCCAAGUGCAGUCCCUGUGUAGGUUCCAAGUUGAGAAUCAACACCGCCCCAUCCUUCCGGAAUACUUCGUCUCUGUUCACCAUUGCCGUUGUUCCCCAUCCCUAUACCAUGAUUACUCUCACCAAUCAAUCGGACACAAUAUCGGUCGCUCACAUUCGACGUCACACGGAACGGGAUCCCUGGAUUUCUGCAGUUACUCGAGAUCUUCUGGGCGAUGCUCGUGGAGGUCCUAGUCGUGUAGUGAGUUUGAAAGAUGCCGUCGCCUCCGAGUAUGGUUCCAGCCGAUCUUUGUGGUUUACGACCGAGCACUUCCCAGCAUCUUUCAAUCCGCCACUACCUCCUCCGAAGUCCCCAACCAACGACGCUCAUCCGGCACAAGAAAAGGUUGCUCCUUUCCCAGAAGACUGGCUUGAGCAUCUUGAUUGGCACUUUGGAUUUCCCGUCCCAAGGACGGUCAUAUCUCAUGGUGAAUCUCUCCCUCCAGUUCCAGGACCUGAGCGUUGGGCCACAUCUCCUGCUGGUCUACCAGCCGAGCGUAAGAAGGGCUCUGACCCAGACCCGCCUACAGACGAGCAGGCGGCAAUCGAAGACGCGCUUAUACGUAAGGCAAGGGAGACUAUUAAUAGUAAGGACCAGACGGUGCUCAGGAUCCGUAGCGUGGCGGAGGCAUGGAACAUGGCUGAUACUGAGGCGUGGAAAUUUGUCAAGAGUUAUCGCGCUCGUCAAGUCGUGGAGAGAUUGAAGUUUGAAGAAGAAGAGUCUGCGUAUGAGACUGGAGAGGGUGUAAGAGGCUACGCUCGCUGGUGGGGCUCAUGA